UGGUUGGAACGAAAUAAUUUCGUGGAAAUGAAUGUUUAAAAAAAUAUGUUCCUUCCGUCCGUAAUUUUUUUUUAUAGAGAUUCAUCGGGUUCGAAAUGUCUAGAAUCUAAGGGAAGUAACUAUCCUACGCGUAAAUACAUUCAAAAUGGCGACGAACACUGAAACGCAAAACCCAAUUCUCUCGGAUGAAGAGCAGAAAACGUUCACAGGAGCAACCCUUCAAAUUGACGGGGUUGACAAUCAAAUGGGGCAUGAACCAGGUGUAGAGUUCACUGGACCAAAUCCAAAUUUUAACAGGAAUCGGCCUGGAAGUGUGUAUGGAAGGCAAAGUAUCCGAAGUACAAGCAGCCGCACCUCAGUCCGACCGGGAUUUAUCAAGGGCGAUGUAGAGUCCAGUACAUUCUUCAGUUAUAAGGAGGAGAAUUUUUCCAGAGCUCUUGACACGUGUAAAAAGAGCAUGAAGGACGACAUCGAUGGGGAGUUUGUGGGAGCUUGGCUGCUUACUGUUAUUGACCACUGGGACAAUGAGAGAGAGAGGUUAUUUAUUCUAAGUAAAAACUGUAUGCUGAUCUUCAAGUAUGACUUCAUUCUUCACAAGCUGGAGGAUUACAAGAGAGUGAUGUUGUACCUGAUUGACACCGUGUGUGUAGGAGACUUUGUCUACCCACCGAGAAGUGUGAUGCCAAUAAGACAACAUGGGGGAAUUCAGGUCAAAUGGAACAAGGGCCAGCAGCCUGCCUGGGCCCAGAUGUGGAACCCCUGGUGUGAAAGUAUUCCCUGGAUCACCCUGGCUCACCACCCUCUGCUGUACAACCCCAAGGAAUAUGAGACGGCCUUUUACAAUGUGGACGAGUUUUACGAAUCUUUGAUUCAGGGAAUCAGCAACAGCUACAAGGAAAAGAGACCGAGCGAGAAAAUCACCAUUGUAGAGGGCCCCAUCAUGAUUGAAAGCUAUGCCAGUUUGUCCUCAAUGGUCUUCAAUCAAAGUGGUCUUGGUUUCAAUAGAGACAGGAAAGGCAUAAGCUUCUAAGAUGUGUGGUCUGUCUGAUCUACGCAGUUGUUAGUUAUCAAGCAUAAUGUUAAUGCACAUGUACAAUAUUUGGAAAUCCAUUUCCACUGUCACGAAAUGAUAAAUUGUUAAUUUUCCAUUUGAUAGAUUUUUUAUUUUUUUUAUUAAUUACACUAGCUGUGACAUUAAAGGCUUUGAAAAUAUUUACGUUGCUUAAUUUAACAUUUUCAUUGACAUAGAAAUUUUUAUCAUGACAGUCAUUUACUGUGCAUGUCAUAAGAAUAUGUACAUUUUAUUGCAGAGCUGUGAUGUUUAUUUAAUAUAUAUAACUUUUUUUUGGUUUGUUUUUCAAUCUGUCUGAAGGGAAGAGUUAUGAAAUGUUAGAUUUGUAUGAGUCCAUCGAGUUUGUUACUGUGGCCCUGCUGAUUCUGAAGUGUCCUUUUCUUUGUGUUAUUUUUUGUCUUUUUGCUUUGUAUGUUCUAUUAUUUACACACAUUCAGUGAUAUUCCAUAAGUAAUGCUGUUCCUAUUUAUACAUCAAUUUGUUCGUGCUUUAGAUAUUUACUGGUUCCUAAAUGACCUUUAAAAUUAAAGACUUGCCACUCUCCACACAAGCUGAAAAAUGUAGGCACUGUUAUUUUUGCAAUUUUUUUUAUCAAGGGCAGAUAACUCUUCCAAAAAGUUUCAAAGACAGAAAGAUUGGCUUUUCCUUUACAUUUACCAGUUCUUUGAAUUUGAUCUAUUUCAUUUUCAUCAUUUCUUCAGAGGCAUACAUAACAGAGAUUAACGACUUCUCCAGGUCUCGUAUUAUCUCAUUGUCCUAUUUUUUGGUAAAAAAAACACACAAAGAUUUAAAUUACGUAUAUAACAACUUAAGAAUGAAAGAUCAAGUUCAGACCUUCUUAAUCCUGUCACUAAAAUAUAUUUUCAGAUGUUUCACUUCAAAAUUAAAUGAAAGCCAAGUUUCAAAAGGCGACACAUGACCAAAACUUGGAAAAUCUUAGAGAUUUCAGGAAAUGUUAACAAUUUGCUUAUUUUUUUUGUUGAUAGUAUAUUUGUUUAUCAUCAAAUCAUUUCAGAACUUGUUACGUUCGAUUCCAAUUUAUGAUAAGAGUGAAAUAAACUUAAAAUCAACAUCACUUUAGAAUUUACAGGUGGGACCGUCACAUAUUUUAAGUGGUAAACAUGCUGACGUAGAAGUUGCUUAUCUUUGUUAUAUAUAUCUCUGGCUUUUUAACACACACAAAAAAAUAUUUAUCUUGAUUUAAAUAAUUCAAAAUUGUUCAAUCUUCUUUUGUUAUACAUUGAAUACCUUAGAUUGUUUUUGGAAUGGUAACUUAUCUUCAAAGCUGUGUUCCAUACCACCAUUGUAAUGACCCCCCCCCCCCUUCUUUUCCAUCCAUUGGCUAGCAUGGUUUGUAUUUGAGUUCUUUGUGCUAGGCUUCAUAGAAUGACCAAAAACUAGUCAUGCAUACAUGGAGUCCUUUUAUUUUUGUUCUAAAUAGACAUGCAUUCUUUAAGUCAUAUCAGAUAUACCAAAUAUUUUUAUUAUCAUUUUUGUGGGUGAAUUCCGUUCUCAUUAAAUGCUAUGUUUGCAUUGUAUCAAAAUUAUCGGGGUCCUACCGGCUUCCUUGGUUAUUUUUUGAUUUGAUUUAUAUUGCAUACAGCUUUAUUUUUGAUGCUGAUUAAUUUUAGCUAUCUAACUAUUGCAGUCUUGUCAUUUAUAUAGAAGGACAACAAAACUAAUUCUAACAUUGUGAAAAUAAAAAUUGAUAAUAACCAGGAUCGAACUUAAAGCUAUAUACAGUGGUAAUUAGACAUGGUAACUGUAUAUCUAGUGAAUUUGGUGUUGAGAAUUCUUGGCAGAUUUUUUUUUUUACAAAAGGUGUUCAGAAUGUUGGUGCAUUAUUUUUUGGCAGGUUUUUAUUUUUAAAAUGCAAUUGUGAUUCACAUGAAUGAAAAUCUUUCAGGUUUUUAUUUUUGGCUAAUAUUUGCUAUCUACCAAAAAACAACAUUUCAUACUUGCUUAAUUGACCUGAUUUAUGGUUCUGAUACAUGAUGUUCUAAUAUACUAAUACAUGUACUUAGUGAUUGCUGUUGUUAGAGAGUAUCAACAAGAGGAAGCAUGUUUUAUCUUAGUGUAAAGUAAAUUUUAUCUAUGUGUAAAGUAAAUUUUAUCUAUGUGUAAAGUAAAUGUAACAUUCAUAUACAUACCUGAUAGUCUGAAAAUUUAAAAAGUUUGAGAUAUAUAUAUAUAUAUAUAUAUAUAUAUAUAUAUAUAUAUAUAUAUACAUACACUUCUUUAACAUCAUCAACAUGAUUUUUUAUUUUUGCCAUGCUUGCUUGAGUUGUGAUGUGCCAUGAAGGAGUAUCAUUUUAGGUAAUGCAAUGUUCAGUUAUUGAUUGGAUAUCAAUCUUCUGAUGAGAUCAUGUUUAACCUGAUUAAUGAGGAAUAACACACCAGAGGAACCUGAUGUGGUUGAGUAGUGGACAGGGGUGUCAUUUUUCUCUUUUCAGAGGAAAUCCUCUGAUUGACCCAAUUUUUGAAAAAAUGAAACACACUCUUGGUUUGAUUUAAACUGACAGAAAAGUAUAUUUUUCCAGGUAGGGUGAGAUGUUUUUCUUCAUUUUUGACCAGUUCUUGUCUGAUUUCUGAGGAAUUCAGUCACAGUCCCGAGUGGAGGAUAUAUACAAUAAUAUUUUGAAAUUAUCAAGUUUCAAAUUUACCUCAUUUAGUGGAAAAAAUGCAGUUUUAGUAGAAAGUAAUCUAAAAAAAAAAUUUAAAAACCACUGCUAGACUCCAACGCACGGUCUACAAAUCAGCAGUCCACAUUUAAACUUACUGAUUUACACAGCUAGGUGAUUAGAUUUAAAAGGAAUAUACAUGUAUUGCUGAUAAGUAUAUUUUCAUUCAAGUUUCAAAAUGAAGUCAGCCAUUAUAUGAUGAUGUGUUAUUUCUCCUUAAGCACUCCUCCAAUUUAUAAGGACAGGGACUACUCUGUGAAUUUGUUUCUUGUCUGUUUGAGUGAGCCUGAAUGAUGAGAAAGAUUAUUUAUAUUGUAGGGCUAUUACAGGUGAAUUCCAUGUUUUUUGUUAAUAGUGUGUGGCAGUUUAAAUAAAAAUUCAACCAGUGAUAAAAAAUAUUCAGAUUGUUAUGGGGGAAAAUUUUAGCUUAUUUUAAAUGCAGCAGCCAAAAACUUAAUUAAAAAUAGCUUUUUCUUCUACUAGGGUAUAUAAAUUCUUUUCAAAUGAAAUUUAUAGACAACUAAAAUUUUUGUCUUGUGACCUUUUCAUUCUUUUUAUUCUAUACUCUUGCAGUUUUUUGUUUUCAAAACAGCACAGCAAAUAGACAAGUUCUAUUGAAUUUAUUUAUUCAGGAUUAUGUUUGUUUGCUUCCCUAUGAGGAAGUUGACCUUGUACUUAAAAGAUAGAAUUUAUUUUGAAAAAACAAAAAAAUAUUUAUACUAAAUGGCUGAAUUGUUUCCGUCUUGCUGUAAUUUACAAUGUAUGUGUUUAUAAGCCAAUUGUGAUAUGCAAUAUUUAUCAUAUUUCUUUAUUCAUGUUUAUUUGUACAGUAUAAAAUGGAAAUUCAAAUUUCUUAUUUCAAAGCAAUUACUAUUAAUUUCCAUUAUUGAAAUAUGUUUCAUUUUGUGUAUUUUUUAUCAUUAGAAAUAUUAACAAUUGUGUACAUUGUAAAUGUGUGUAUUCUAUCCGUGUACACAUGCAUAAGUAAUGUGUGUACUAGUGUGUUGUCCUAAAUAGUCUUCUCUGAAUUCGACACUAGGAAAUUAUUUGUCUAAAAAUGUUAUUUUUGAAAAGAAAUUAAUGAUAACAACUUGACAUUGUAAUUAAGGAUGGAUGACACACCAGAGAAAUACUGACAUGGAUGGAAAGCAGAGGAUAUGUACAGUAAUAUUUUGAAAUUGAAAGGUUUCAAAUUUAUCUUAUCUAGGUAAAAAUUGCUGUUUUAGUAGGAGGUAAUCUGAAAAGAAAUUUAAAACACCUGCUUGACUUGAACUAGCUGCAAUAAUGUAGUCCUCUUUGAUUUUUUUGUCAUUCUUACGUUUUCAAAAAAAAAAAAAAAUGGAUAGGGCUACAUUAUUGCAGCUAGACUCGAAUUCACGAUCUUCAGAUUGGUAUUUGACACAUAAACCUACCAAACUACCCAGAUAGGCAAUUACAUUUAUUUAUAUUUCCAUUCUUGUUUUAAAAGUAAGCCAGCCUUUAUUUCAGACGAUGUAUUGUUCCUCCUUAAAUUAAAAUCAAAAGUUCAAAGUGCAGUAUUGAAUAGAUUUCAUUCAAUUUAUAACUGUCUCUCGGCACAAAUUGAAAUGUGAAGUUUUCACUCUGUUAUUUUUGUGUGAUUAACAUUUGGCAUUGUAAUGUAUGCUCAAUUCAAUGUAGAUUUUUUUUUUGUUUCUUUUUUUCAUGUUGAACUAAGAGGUGUUGUUUAUGUACAUGUAAUUUCACAUAUGUUUAAAGAUGUUUUCUUGUUAUUUGUAAUUAAAGAUUAGUUAAUUAUGAUGUCCAUCAGGACAGAUAUUGACAGUAGAGAAUCUACCACUGUGUAUUCACUUAUUGUAGUGUAGUUCAAUUUUCAUGGGUGAAGAAAAAAUGAGUGCUGUUUAUUUGGGUUUGAUUUCAUUAUUUACAAGGUUUCAUUCUUUGAAUGAUUGUACAAUAUGUCUUCUUCAUAGAGAGUUUGAAAAUGUGGUAAGUCUAGCCUGGAAAAUUAGAUGGUUUUCUGGAUCAACUCCUGUACAGGUAGUGAAUUUCUGGAUCCACCUCUUUACAACUAGUGAUUUUCUGAAUUUAAAUUCAAAUUCUACCACAGUCAUUGCAAAGAUCAAAUAAAUACCGCGGUCAUUAUUCUCCGAUAUACCUUCAUACAUAAUACCGAUAAUUGAUAAUGAGAAAAUUGAUGCACAUCUCGUUGCUCUUCGUGUUUUGCUAAUACAACAAUAAAGUCGAUAACUGAUAAUUCAGUUUUAUAAUCACAAAAAUUAAGCAAUAUAUGUUGCAAAACAAAUUUAAAAAUUACUGACGAACAAGUGAUAUUCAGUAUAAAUCAAUCGUGUGCAUUCCGAGAUCGAUACGUAUGUAAACAAACAUGUCGAUGCACAGUUUUCUUGGACUGUGUAUUCAAAGUUUUUCAAAAUAGAUCAAGUAUACCCUACCGUCUCACCUUUUUUGUCAGCAAAAACCAUGUAGGCCCAAACCAUUUCGGAAAAUGUCAUGACGUCACGGUGACCCAAUUCGUAGCUGUAUAUUUAUAGGUAAACGAUCAGCUGUAUAUUUCUGGUCCGUAGUAGAAUAGAAAUAAAGUUCUUGUUUUCGUGUAUAUUGCAGGAUAACUUCGGUCUCAAAAUGUUGUUUGAAAUAUAAAAUCCUCGGCUUUAUAUUUCAAAUUUAAACGACAUUUCUUGGCCUCAGGUUAUCCUGCAAUAUACUGUACACGAAAUCGCGAUCUUCAUUUCGUGAAUAUAUUACAAGUUAAGAAAGAACAAGAACCACAAAUACCCAAAUAUUGCCCUGUAAUUUUGAGUAGAAUAAAGUAUCUUCAUUCCAAAAUUCUAUCAUGGUAUAGAAUAGCUUAGACCUUCUUCUUUAUAUAUUCAGUGUGUAUUCCCGCGAAAAUUCAUGCAUAAAGUUAUUAAAACAUGCAGAACUUAUAA